CGGCUCGCAUCGGUUGUCGUUUGUGCUGCACAAAAUUUUCGGCACCGUGCUGGUCAUCGAGGAGUGGUCAUCUUCGUUGAGUCUUCAGGCAAGGAUGAGCGUCCUGUGUCGGUUCGCGUUGAGAAAUGUCAAUGGCAUCAUCUGUACGGACACUUUGGGUUGCAGUAUUGACGACAUCGACGUGGUAAUCUCGUACGAAAUCGACCGGAUCGGGCGAACGAGUCGUGCCGGAAACCGGGUACCUUCAUCACGAUGCUGA